GAGUGCAAUGACACUCGAAGCUGCCUGGCUCCUGUGCUUCGCCUUGGCCUCCUGCUCCUCCUCUUCGCUCUCUUCCUCUGGGGUAGCAGGCGAGAUGGGGCAAUCUUUGUUCUCACCAGCUGUUGUCAUGGGAAAGAGACAAAUAAAUGAUGAAGUCAACAGACAGGAGACUUGGGAAAUGGACUUGAACCAACCAUCAGAAUCAGCCAUAGGAACCCUGAGCCAACCAUGGACACUGCCUCAUGCUGGAAAAUCGCUGAAGACAUUCAACAAGGAUGCUUAUGGGUCUGGGGGUGCCACUCCUUCCCAGAACAAGUCUCUUCGAGGUAGCAGCAUUAGCUACAUUGAGAGGGCUGAGCACCCAAAGGACCAGUUCCUACCUCGAGAUGAGUGGAAUCCCUUGGAAGUGAAAGCAUUAAACACAUUCCAGGUACUCUUGGAUAAAAGGAAAAAUAUGAAAAAAUCAGUGGAGAAUCAGUCAGGCUUAAGGAAGCAGUCCUUUCAGGAUGCCAAAGGCCUUCCUUCCCUCAGUCAUGAGGAGGCAUCUCUCUCUACCGCUUACCUGAGUCAAAGGAACCAAAUCAGCAGAAACCGGCUCCGCUUGAAAUCUGCCAACAGCAUGUCUACUUACUUCCAUCCACCUGGAUAUCCCCACUGCCAAGGCAGACUUCUGGCGGAAGCAUCUACGUUGAAAAACACAGGGUCAAAUGUUGGUCAACACUCUGGUGACUUGAAUCACCUCAACCGGCCUGGGAAGAAAAACCCUUACCACAAAUUCCAUGGUUUCUUCCGGGAUAUCACUAAACCCUAUUGGCUCACAAACCGACAUACUCCGAGCUUAAUGAAAGACUUCAGCACGUUUAAGAUUGAUCAUGUUGACAAUCUAGAAGUAUGCUUGACCGGUUGCAAGAGGGAACCUGAGGAAAUAGAGGCUUACUGUAGCAGUGAAUUUGUGGUGAAUGGAAUUGUUCAUGAUAUUGCCAUGAUAUACAAAGGAAUGUAUUUGGUGACCAUGCUGGUGAACAACAAUGGACUCUACAAGACAAAUCGGCUGUUCCUCAACCCUGAUGGCUACUUCUUUCGAGUUCAAAUGCUUGUUGUGGAUGCCCUGAAUUGUAGCAAACACUGUCCAGACUUUCAACUUGGCGGCAGGUACAUUGUGAUGGGCCACCUCUAUCACCGGAGAAGGCAACUGCCUGCGGUUCUGCAGGAGCGUGUAAGGGGCCGCCUGAGGCCGGGAGAUGGGCUGCUUUGCAGAGGCAACAGCUACAUGAAGAGGUUCAACAGAAGGCGGGAUCAAAAGGUUCAAGGGGCAGCUCGGUCCAAGUGUGGAUGAGAAGGCAACUCAGCCAUCACUUUCUCUGUAUCUGAAAGCAAUUUUAGAGUAACAGGUAGAUAAAAAAGUGUUCUCUGGUUUUGCUACAGGCCGAUAAGACUUUUGGUCUGAAAAAUCGCUUGCUUUUGCUAUUAAACAAGGAACCGGAGCCUGCUGCAGCCUCUUAAUCUUUUCACCCAGUUAUCAAGGCAUGAUAUUUACUCCCUGUAAUUAAUUUCUAUUAACUGAUCUGCUUGGUCAGAUCGAAGUCAACCAGUCACCCAUCAAAUGCUUUUCCAGGUACCUUUAGGGAUUAUCUUCUAUAUACAUCAUGGUUUUUAGCUCCUAG